AUGAAAACUUUAGGAACAAUUCUCAAGAGAAUCAUUCGAAAUGUACAUUAUUCAACAAUCGAAAGCACCGCAAAGCCUACUAAUUGGAAUUUGUCGCGGGCAAUAUAUCAACAAAUCCAAACGUCCGGCCCCAUAUCUGUAGCGGAUUACAUGAAGCUGGUACUCACGCACCCUUCGGGCGGUUAUUACAUGCACAAGGAAGCGAUAGGCGAGGAGGGCGACUUCAUAACGUCCCCGGAGAUAUCGCAGUUAUUCGGCGAGAUGAUAGCCGUUUGGUUGAUAAACGAAUGGCGAAAAAUGGGCUCGCCGAAACCCUUCCAAAUCGUCGAAUUGGGACCCGGUAAAGGCAGCUUAUCCGCAGACAUACUCAGAGUGUUUAAUUAUUUCAAAAUCGAUCAAACGGAGCUGCGAUUAGUCGAAGUCAGCCCUCGCUUGAGGCGAGCGCAAGCCGAUCGGUUGGGUGUUAAAGUCGAUAUGGAUCAGUUCGAGAAAGGCACAACUGACAAGAAUAUCACUGUUAAUUGGCACAGACAUUUAAACGAAGUACCUCGAAAGUUCUCCUUGUUUGUAGCGCACGAGUUUUUCGACGCUUUGCCAGUUCACAAAUUCCACAAAACCGAUGCGGGUUAUAGAGAAAUUCUCAUCGAUAUCGAUAAAAGCUCUGUCAAAGACCAGCCAAUGUUCCGGUAUAUCUUAGCUCGCAAUCCCACACCUAUGCAAGUUCUUUUGGACUCCAACGAAGCGAGGCACGACGUGGAAAUUUCCCCCGAAAGCGUAUUGUUGUACAAAGACAUCUGCGAAAGGAUCAAAACCGACGGCGGCGUGGCCUUGAUCUGCGACUACGGCCACUUCGGUGGAGACAUCGACAGUUUCCGAGCGUUCAAGAAUCACCAACAAGUUCAUCCUUUGAACGAACCGGGCUCAUCUGAUUUGACUGCAGACGUCGAUUUCAGGGCGAUAACGAAAGUGGCCGAUGAUGUACAGGGUGUUCUGACGUUCGGUCCUGUUACGCAGCGAGAUUUCUUGUUGAGGACCGGACUGGAUGUUCGAGUGGACUCACUGAAACAAACCUUAAAGGAUGCCGAGCAAUUGGAGAAUAUCGACAAGUGUUUCGAUUAUUUGACGAACAAUUCGAAAAUGGGAGAGAGGUUCAAGUUUAUGGCGAUUCUACCGGAAACUAUGAAGCCUAUUUUAGAUGUUCAUCCCGUUGUCGGUUUUACGAACCAGUGA